UUCAGUUUCGAAACAACAGCGAACGAGUGUGGAUUUUUGCGUUAAAAAAUAUAAGAAAUUGCACAAGACUUUUUAACGUUUUACGAAGAAAAAGUCAAAUAUCUUAGCGGUUAUAAGCAUUAAAUACUAAUUUUGUUAAGUGUAAUGGCGAAUAAAUUUCAAAAAUUAUUAUUAAGUGUUUUGUUGUUGCAUCAGUUCACACGCUCGACCGCCUUCCUCAUACCACACGAUCCCGAGUGCAAAAAUAGCGAUAACGAGACUAUCGAACCCAGCGAGAAAUGCUCAUCGAUGUUGCACUUUCAACGCAAUUUGGGUAAAUAUCGCAAUUUCUUUGCAAAUCUUCUCCAGGAGGAGAAUGAACAAUUCGCUGCCGAACUACAGGAGUUAUAUAACACAGUGAGUUCAGCUUUGGUGGAGCACGACUACAAUGAGAUGCAACGGCAGUUCUUCUACUCUGUUUGGCUGGUGGAGCGCACUAGAGAUCUUGAGGACUAUCUGAUUAUGAAAGGCUUCAAGAAUAUUUAGGAAAGCAUAAACAAAUGUUAGCUUUAAAUCUUGUGUAUGCAUUUAGUUGGUUCUUUUUGUAGAUAUACAUAUACUCGAAUAGUUUACUUUUCUAAUUAAUUACUUAUUUCAAUAUCCAAAGAGGAUUUAUUAAAAGUUUGUUGCGCUCUUUUUAAUCAUAAACCAAAUUUUUGUUCAUAUACAUAUCACAUUUUCCCAUUUUUCUUCAUUAAUUUAUUAUAACUAAUUUUAAUUAAAAUAGUAUUAUGGGUGGCAUCAAAAUAAUAUCUGAUAAAAUUAUUAAAAAUUUAAAAUUUAUUGACCGUUAAGUCGAUUUUAUAUUCGAAUACAUAACAAAAAAUAAAAAGGAAAUAAAAUUAUAAAUUUCUUCUUGUAACAAA